AUGGGGCAUAACAACGAGUUCAAUCUUUUGUCGAUAAAUGUUCGUGGGAUUCGCACUUUUGAAAACCUGAAAGCUGUUUUUAGUUGGCUUGUAAAUUCCGAUGCUGACAUAUUUUUCUUGCAAGAAACAUACAGCGCAAGAGAUAUUGAAAAUAUCUGGAGAAAACAAUGGAAGGGCGAAAUGUUCUUCUCGCAUGGCAGCAAUCAUAGCAGAGGCACUGGUAAGGGAUAAUUUAGAUUUCAAAAUACAUUCUACCAAGGUAGAUUCUCAAGGUCACUACAUUUAUCUGGAGUCUUAUAUUCAUGAUUCGCCUUACUUUAUUUUAAACAUUUACGCUCCAGAUAAGUGUAGUGAACAGUUUCUCUUCUUCAAAGACUUAUCGGAUAUUCUAAAAGGUGCAAGAGUGGAACAAGAUCACCCAUUUAUGGUCGAUGGGGACUUUAAUAUCAUUCUUGACCACGUUAUAGAUGGGCAGGGCGGUAAUAGUAAAAGGAAAGACUCCGGAAAAAUUAUUAAAGACAUAUCCGCUGAGCUUGUUUUAGUGGACAUCUGGCGCAUAAGAAACCUCACAAUUACAAGUUUUACUUGCGGCGUCAUAAGAAACCAAUCAUACGAUGGCGCUUAGAUUAUUGGCUCGUAAGCGAUAGUUUACAAGAUGACAUAGAUUCAGUGGACAUUAAAACGUCAAUUAAAUCAGACCAUUCGGCAAUAAUAGAUGAUCUUGAAAAAGGGCCUAAUUUCUGGAAAUUUCGGCUUAUUGUGAACUUCUAACCACUGAAUAUGCCUAUUGGUUCGAGUAAUUCAAAGAAGUACAAGAUAAACGUGUCUUAUGGGAUUUAAUUAAAUACAAAAUUAGACAGCAAACAAUCAGAUACAGCAAAACUAAAGCCCUCGAAAGAAGAGCGAAACCACAAAAGCUUGAGGGAGAUUUAAAGUAAUGUACGGAAAAAUGCGAUUCCGAUCCGAAUACAAAUUCAAAAAACUGGAGGUACUCGAGUGUCUUCGGACGGAAUAUGAUAGUAUGUAUGAUUACAUUACACAAGGUGCGAUCAUUCGUUCUCGGGCUACUCGGUACGAAUUGGGCGGGAGAAAUAACAAAUAUUUUUUGAAUCUGGAAAACUCCAAAAGAAAGAAAAGCACCGUGCGGAAAGUGUUUAACAGGGAUUCAGGGGCGUAGCCAGGAUUUUUUCAGGGGUACGCACGAUUCCCCAAAUUAAUUAAUUUAACAGUCCGUUGUUAAAUGAAUUGAGCCAAACUGUGAACGUAAAUUAUUUAUAUUUUAACCGUGAUCGUAUCCUUUGCUUUUUCUUCAUUAUUCACUUUCAUAUCUUAUUUUAUAUUAUUAGUUUUUUCACCCUCGACUUUUUCAGGUACGCGCGUGCGUACCGUGCGUACAGGUAGCUUCGCCCCUGGCAAAGGAAAGUUAACUACAGACCCUAAACAAAUAAUGAAGGAGUUAGAAGCAUUUUAUUCUGACCUUUAUGAUGGUGGUGAAUGUUAA